UUUUUCUAUUAUAGGUUUGUUCAUGGAACCAACUAUAUUUACGGAUGUAACUGAUGAUAUGAUGAUGGCACAAGAAGAAUCAUUUGGGCCUAUCAUGGUUGUCUCAAAGUUCAGUUCAAGUGACGUAGAUGGUAUGUUGCGUAGUGCAAAUGGGACAGAAUUUGGCCUUGCAUCAGGUGUCUUCACAAACGACAUCAACAAAGCUAUGUAUGUGAGUGAAAAGUUGGAUGCGGGCACGGUGUUUGUAAACACGUAUAACAAAACGGAUGUUGCUGCACCAUUCGGAGGUUUCAAACAGUCUGGAUUUGGCAAGGAUCUCGGUAAGUUCUUUGCAUACAUACCAAGGGGAAAA